ACUGAGUGCCCUUCAGUGCUCUACUGCUCAGCUCUUCACUUCUCCUUCAAUGCGUGCUCAGUGAUGGCUUUUGGAAUUAUGCUCCUCCUGGGUGUCCUGGCUUCUUAUCAUGGAUUCAACUUGGAUGUGGAGGAGCCCAUGAUCUUUCAAGAAGAUGGAGCUAGCUUUGGACAGAGCGUGGCCCAGUUUGGCAGCUCUAGAGUUGUGGUGGGAGCCCCUCUGGAGGUGGUGGCGGUCAACCGAACAGGACAGAUGUACGACUGUGUGGCUGCCACUGGCUUAUGUCAACCCAUACCACUGCACACACCCCCAGAGGCCGUGAACAUGUCCCUGGGCCUGUCCCUGGCGGCCUCCACCAAUCACUCCUGGCUGCUGGCCUGUGGCCCCACCAUGCACCGAGCCUGUGGGGAGAAUAUGUAUGCAGAAGGCUUCUGCCUCCUGUUGGGCUCCCACCUGCAGACCAUUUGGACCAUGCCUGCUGCCCUGCCAGAGUGUCCAAGUCAAGAGAUGGACAUUGUCUUCCUGAUUGAUGGUUCUGGCAGCAUUGUCCAAAGUGACUUUAAGCAGAUGAAAGACUUUGUCAGAGCUGUGAUGGGACAAUUUGAAGGCACCAACACCCUGUUCUCCCUGAUACAGUACUCCAACCACCUGAAGAUCCACUUCACCUUCACCCAAUUCCAGAGCAGCUCGAGCCCUCAGAGCCUGGUGGAUCCCAUCGUCCAACUGGAUGGUCUGACGUUUACAGCCACGGGCAUCCUGAAAGUGGUGAAAGAACUAUUUCAUAGUAAGAAUGGGGCCCGUAAAAGUGCCAAGAAGAUCCUCAUUGUCAUCACAGAUGGGCAGAAAUACAGGGACCCCCUGGAGUACAGUGACGUCAUCCCUCAGGCAGAGAGAGCUGGCAUCAUUCGCUAUGCCAUUGGGGUGGGAAAAGCUUUCCAGGAACCCACUGCCAGGCAGGAGCUGAACACCAUUGGCUCAGUGCCCUCUCAGGACCACGUGUUCAGGGUGGACAACUUUGCAGCACUCAGCACCAUCCAGGAGCAGCUGCAAGAGAAGAUCUUUGCAGUUGAGGGAACCCAGUCGAGGACAAGUAGCUCCUUCCAACAUGAGAUGUCGCAAGAAGGCUUCAGUUCAGUACUCACACCGGAUGGACCAGUUCUGGGGGCUGUGGGGAGCUUCAGCUGGUCUGGAGGUGCCUUCCUGUACCCCCAAAAUAUGAGCCCCACGUUCAUCAACAUGUCUCAAGAGAAUGUGGACAUGAGGGACUCUUACCUGGGUUACUCCACUGAGUUGGCUCUUUGGAAGGGGGUCCAGAGCCUGAUCCUGGGGGCCCCCCGCCAUCAACAUACUGGGAAGGUUGUCAUCUUCACCCAGGCGUCUGGGCAAUGGAGGCCGAAGGCUGAAGUCGCAGGGACUCAGAUUGGCUCCUACUUUGGGGCCUCCCUCUGCACUGUGGAUGUGGAUGGAGAUGGCAGCUCUGACCUUGUCCUCAUAGGGGCUCCCCAUUACUACAAGCCGACCCAGGGGGGCCAGGUGUCUGUGUGCCCCUUGCCCCAGGGGAGGGCUAAGUGGCAGUGUGAGGUCAUUCUCUGUGGGGAGCAGGGCCAUCCCUGGGGCCGCUUUGGGGCAGCCCUGACGGUGCUGGGGGAUGUGAAUGGGGACAAGCUGACAGACGUGGCCAUCGGCGCCCCAGGAGAGCAGGAGAGCCGGGGUGCUGUCUUCUUAUUUCAUGGAACCUCAGGACAGGGCAUCAACCCCUCCCACAGACAGCGGAUCGCAGGCUCCCAGCUCUCUCCCACACUCCAAUAUUUUGGGCAGUCACUGAGUGGGGGUCAGGACCUCACCCAGGAUGGACUGGUGGACCUGGCUGUGGGGGCCCGGGGACAGGUGCUGCUGCUCAGGAGUCGGCCAGUGCUGAACGUGGGGGUGGCCAUGAGAUUCAUGCCCUUGGAGGUGGCAAAGGCUGUGUACCAGUGCUGGGGAGACGUGCCAUCCACCCUGGAAGCUGGGAAUGCCACAGUCUGUCUCUCUAUCCACAAAAGCUCACUGGAUCAACUAGGUGAUGUCCAAAGCUCUGUCAGGUAUGAUCUGGCUUUAGACCCAGGCCGUCUGAUUUCUCGUGCCAUUUUUGAUGAGACCAAGAACUGGACUUUGACUCGAAGGAAAACCCUGGGGAUGGGAGAUUACUGUGAAACCAUUAAGCUGCUUUUACCAGACUGUGUGGAGGACGUGGUGAAUCCCAUCAUCCUACGCCUCAACUUCUCCUUGGUGGGGGAGCCCAUCCCCUCAUCUCCGAACCUUCGCCCUGUGCUGGCUGUGGGCUCGCAGGACCUCUUCACUGCUUCUCUCCCUUUUGAGAAGAACUGUGGUCAAGAUCACCUCUGUGAAGGGGACCUGAGUAUCAAUCUCAGCUUCUCAGGCCUGCAGACCCUGGUGGUAGGGAGCUCCCUGGAGCUUAAUGUGACAGUGACUCUGUGGAAUGAGGGUGAGGAUUCCUAUGGUACUGUCGUCCACUUCUACUACCCAGCAGGGCUGUCCUACCGACGAGUGCUGGGAACCCAGGUAAAUAGCUCCCUUGUUUUCUAAUGGCCUCUUCCCUGC